CCCAAAUUUUCAUCGAAAGAACUGCGACUUUCCAACAAACAAGUUGAGCCCGAAACCCCACCACGGCACCGCCUGAUACUGCGGGCUUCACUACUAGUAUCUGUCGACUGAUCCUGAUUUUUAUUCCUGGCAGGAUCCUCGCCUAAUACAAAGCCCAUCUCGUCGAGGUUGGCUUCUUAUCCUUGCUGCAUUCUUUCAUUCCGGCAAGCCACGGAUUUGGUUCUGCCUAGCGACCAUCGACAACCGAUACCACAUUAAUUGAACCCGUCACCAGCUUUUGGCCAACAUGCCUAUCUCUGCUUCCAAAGCCGCCCGUCUGGCCAAAAAGGCCGAGAAAGGCGACAAGAAGACGGCUGCCUCCAAACUAUCCUCCAAGAAUGCAUCGACCAAUGGCUCGAAAGCCUCCUCCGUCGCUGGCGACGAUGGUCCUCCCAUGCUGGAUGAAGAUGAAGAAGACGUCCCGGCCACGACCGCCGAUAAGAUGGACAAGGUCAAGAAAUUGACCGAACAAAUGGACAAGCACGGCUUAUCCGACAGAGUCACAACUGGUGUGCUGGCCUCGCAGGAAGCCAGUCGAGACGUCAAGAUCACAUCUUGCUCGCUGGUGUUCCACGGCAAGGUUCUCAUCCAGGACUCCACGCUCGAAGUCAACUUUGGUCGGAGAUACGGUUUGCUCGGCGAGAACGGCUGCGGCAAAUCGACUCUCUUGAAAGCCAUCGCCAAGCGAGAGUAUCCUUUCCCAGAGCACGUUGACAUUUACUUGUUGAAUGAGGGUGCUCCCCCUACCGAUAUGGGCGCCCUUGAGUGGGUCGUUACUGAGGCACAAAAGGAGGUACAGAGAUUGGACGAUCUGGCGGAAGAAAUCUUGGAGAAGGAAGGCCCGGAGAGUCCAGCCUUGAUGGACAUUUACGAGCGCUCUGAGGCCAUGGAUCCCAGCACUUUCGAAGUCCGAGCCUCCCUCAUCCUGACAGGUUUGGGAUUCAACAAGAAGACCAUCCACAAGAAAACCAAGGACAUGUCUGGUGGCUGGAGAAUGCGUGUGGCACUUGGCCGAGCACUCUUCGUCAAGCCGUCCUUGCUUCUGCUCGAUGACCCAACUGCCCAUUUGGAUCUUGAAGCAUGCGUGUGGUUGGAAGAGUACCUGAAGAAAUGGGACAAGACUUUGAUCCUCGUCUCGCACUCGAUGGAUUUCUUGAACGGCGUCUGUACCAACAUGAUCGAUAUGAGAGACAAGAAACUCAUCUACUACGGUGGUAACUACGAUUCUUACGCCAAGACUCGGAGCGAACAGGAGACCAACCAGCAAAAGGCGUACCUCAAGCAGCAAGAAGAAAUUGCCCAUAUCAAGAAAUUCAUCGCUUCCGCUGGUACAUAUGCCAACUUGGUCCGACAGGCCAAGUCGAGACAGAAGAUCUUGGACAAGAUGGAGGCCGAUGGGUUCAUUCAACCCGUUGUGCCGGAUCGUGUCUUCACUUUCCGCUUCGCCGAUGUGGAGAAAUUGCCUCCCCCAGUUUUGUCCUUUGACAAUGUCACCUUCAGCUACUCGGGCAAACCAGAGGACAACCUAUACGAAAACCUUGACUUGGGUGUCGACAUGGACAGCAGAAUGGCUCUGGUCGGUCCCAACGGUGUGGGCAAAUCGACCUUGCUCCGCUUGAUGACAGGUAAACUGAGCCCAACGAGCGGUGUGGUCAGCCGACACACUCAUCUCAAGCUUGGCCUGUAUUCGCAGCACUCGGCCGAGCAACUCGACUUGACCAAAUCGGCUCUCGACUUCGUCCGUGACAAGUAUGCUUCCACCUCGCAGGACUACCAAUAUUGGAGACAGCAACUUGGCCGAUAUGGUCUUUCCGGUGAUGCACAGACCGCCUUGAUGGGAACCUUGUCCGAAGGUCAACGAUCCCGAGUGGUGUUUGCUCUUUUGGCAAUCGAGGCUCCCAACAUGCUGUUGCUGGAUGAGCCUACCAACGGUCUUGAUAUCCCCACCAUCGACUCCCUGGCCGAUGCCAUCAAUGCCUUUUCUGGUGGUGUGGUUGUGGUUUCCCACGAUUUCAGAUUGCUUGACAAGAUCGCAAAGGACAUCAUGGUCUGCGAGAACAAGACUGUGCGACGAUGGGACGGCUCAAUCGGCGAGUACAAGAACUACCUGCGGAAGAAGAUGGUUUCCAUGGGUCAAGUUUAAGCUGCUUCCUUGCUCGUCGAUGCUUUUGCUCCGGGUCUCAUUGCCUUUGGACCUGGGCCGAUGAAUUGGGUCUUGAUGACGUCGCAGUCUGCCGGUUUUGUGCAGAUUCAAAAGUGAAAAGAUGUCUUACGCGGGUUUAUGUGUGCCUUUCUUCGGCGUCUGGGAUAGACCGCAUGACGAUUAUGACCUCGCUUGGACAUGCCUCAUGUUUGCGGAGGCCAUUGAGAAAUAUCUCCAGAUAUAGUCGAGGUGACUACUCUGGCGGAUGUCACUGCCUUCUGAGCGUCGAGGAUUCGGCUUUGGUGGCAUCGUUAGCCGUAUUUAGCCUAGAGAUGCCGCAUGUUGAUAGGGCGUGCCUGGCUGGAAAAACACAAGCAAACAUAUUCUUCUAGUUCCUAAGCCCCGGUCCGUUUGUGAGAGGGAGAAAAGAAAAGGAGGAGAAAGUAUGUCGAUGUCUACGUGUACGUGUCACGAGUCAGAUGGAGAUCCAGGGCGAGCAUCCAAGCCGAGAUAUUAGAAUAGAUGCCAAGGUACAUCCAAUCCUUUUGAUCUAUCUAUCUUUCCCCUG